UUCACUAUUGCUCAGUGUGUUAAUCUUCGCAGUUUUCCUCGCUUUAUAUGAAUGUCGCUAAUCUUCCAUCCCACAAGACAUAAGGAAUUGCUGUGCUUAGUGAAUCAUGCUGUAGUGAAUUCAGUUUUGUGCGAUAGUGAGACCAAGUGUCGUCAAGACUGAAUUUCUGUUACCUCAAGACAAUUCUGCACUUAUCUCGGUCGGUCGGGAUACCUGCCGACCGAGUAGCUAGCGACAGUACCUACCUACUGUUGAUCUCCGUGACCGAAACCACAUCUGUUAUCUUAAUCAAGAUGAACUUAUAGCUAAAUGAAUGGAGUAAUUAUUGAAAAGAGUAAUUACAGUUACAAAAAAUUUUGCCCAUACAGCCAGAGAUAUUUGUGUGUGUUUACAUGAACUUAUGAUAAAAUUUAAAAAUACAUCGCCCGCCACUUAUCAUUAUGUUUGGAGCACUAUAGUUGAAAAAGGAUAGAGUAGUUGCACCUACAGCAAUUCUGGUUGUGAUGGGUUGCUUUGACAGUUUCAAGUUAAUAAAUAUAAACUUGAAGAACAGUGUUCUGAAAUAGCGACAGUAUAAUGAAGAAAUAUUUCUAAAUGAAAUAACAAUUGUAAAUAUUUUCAGUGGUGAGUGAGGCAGUUGUCCCAUGUGUGGGGUGGCAAGGGACAAGGCCGGUGAGAGUGACAUUGUUCCCCCUUUGGAGGCCACCAUGCCCCCUUCCAUCACGGUGGGAUCCGAACCUCCCAAGCCGGCUUCGGGUCCAGGUGACCACCCACUCCAGCAGGAACCACCUGCUAAUAAAGACAUCCCUACAAUUGAUUUAUCGCGCGAUGAGAACGAUGAUAUCCAGAAGGCCAUAGCUCUUAGUUUGCAGGACCAGCAGGUCCCUGCAACACUCACUGGGAUAUCAGCAGAAGACCAAGAAGUAUCUCGUGCUCUAGAGGCAAGUCUCAAAGAGUCAACACCUCAAGCUACUAUUGAUCUAAUUAACCCUCAAGAUCGCAAAAGACAAGCAGGUGUUCCUGUAGGUUUGAAAAACAUAGGGAACUCAUGUUGGUUUAAUGUCAUAAUACAACCUUUAUUUCACAUACCAGUUUUCAGGGACAUGAUACUUAAUUUUUCCCAAAAUGUUGAUGCUGAUGAGCAGAUGGAGGAGACCCAGAAAGCUUCCAGGCAGCUUGUACCAGCGCUUCGCAAGUUGUUUUCCUUGAUGAUUGGCUCAAAUAGAAAGUACAUUGAUCCUACUUUUGCUGUUCAUAUCUUUCAGGGGCAGGAAAUGCGGAAAAAUGCACAACAAGAUGUUUGUGAAUUUACUCACAAGUUGUUGGAACGGCUGGAAGAGGAGUAUCAUCAGCUCCUUCGCAGGCAAGGGGUUGAAAAAGAAUCUGAGUGUCAUGUUUCAAAAGAUGCUGAUUUUGAAAAUCCCAUUAUGAGACUCUUUUAUGGCCAUACAAAAAAAGAAAAUUGUGAGGAAGAUGAUGGCCCAAAACAAGAAACAUUCGGCCAGUAUCCAUUGCACAUUAUGAACUACUCAUCAAUUCACGAGAGCAUUUUAGGUUCAAUGGUUAGCUCAAUGCCAGACAUGACUGGGGAUACUGUUGAACCUGUUCAUCAGGAAACCUGGUUUAAGUUAUUGCCUCCAGUUCUGAUAUUUUCUCUCUCACGUUAUGAAUAUUCCCUAGAAAAGAAGAGGGCAGAAAAGGUACACAACAAGUUUGAAUUUCCUGAAUUUUUGUACAUGGACCGUUAUAUGGAAAUAAAUAAGAAAUUAAUUAAAGAGAAGCAUUCAAAAGUCGCCAAGUUAAAAGGUGAACUUAAUAGUUUGACAAAAACUUUGGACAGGUAUGAAAAAUAUGGAAGUGGAGAAGCUAAAUAUCCCAUUAGUGAUAUUCUCAGAUAUACUUUGGACUUUGCACAAACAGGUCUUAAUUCAGGCCAGCCCUCUGACACAAAUUGUGUUCCAUCACCAUCCAUGAUGGAAAUUGACGGAGUUGAAGCUAAUGAAAAUGAUGUCGAAAUGGCCGAGGCUCCAGAAGUUAAAAAAGACGAUUCUGUUAGUGAAAGUCCUGCUGAAAAAGCUGAUGGAUCGGAUGUACCUUUAAGUGAUAUUCAGGAACAGGAAAUUUUAGAUGGUAUAGUAAAGGAGGAAACAGAUGUUCAAGAAUCGGUGGAUGAAAACUCAUCUUUGGAAAAAGAGGAAACUGCCACAAACUGCAAUGAGGAAGCAAAUCCCAGAACUUUGGAAGAAGAACCACAGCAAAUGUCAUCUCCCUCAAAGAGAAUGAGAAUACUACCUCCUGCUCCAAGAAAUAUUACAACGUCAGAAUUAUCAAUUUUGCAGUCGUGUUUAUCUCGUUGGUUGCAUGACAUAAACACCCAGGUGACAGAGUUGCGACAAUGUAUUUCCGAUCUUGAGUUACAGUUAGAUCAGAUGUAUGAUGACCCUGUUCUUCAAAGGAUUCCAUACAGGUUGCACUCAGUUGUUGUUCAUGAAGGCCAGGCAUCUGGUGGUCAUUAUUGGGUAUAUAUAUUUGACAACAUCCGUAAAGCAUGGAUGAAAUUCAAUGAUAUUCAAGUUGUUGAAUCCAAUUGGGAUGAGUUAUUACAGGAUAGUGUUGGUGGCCAGAACAAUGCUAGUGCCUAUUGCCUCUUGUACAUAGACGAGAGUCGUUACGAAAUGAUUUUUCCCCAGCCCCCAGAAACAAUGGAAUCCAUGAUGGGAAGUAUCUCCAUUGACUUACAAGAAUAUGUAAAGAAUGAUAACUUGAUGUUUAUGCGUGAGCUUGAAGAGUGGGAUUUGAAACAUGAGAAAGACCAAGGGAAAGAGGUGGCUAGGGUGUCCUCACAGCAGCAGCAAGGAAGUGCAUCUACUCCAUGGGAUAAUAGUGCAUCACAGGUUCCAGCUACUGCCCCUAAUUCUCCUGAUAUUAUAUGUGUGGAAGAUACAGAUGAAGCUAACUUUUUUGCAGAAGCACAGACUAUGUUCACACAAACUGUCCUUGAUACUUUAACCAAAGAUGGAAGCCUUGUUCAGCCAAAUCAUGGGAGUGUGUUAAAUGCCAUUUUGUGUCGUGAAUUCUCACGCUUACAAGGAUUUGUCACCUCAGAUAGUAACCCUUUCAGUGAACCAUCAGUAUUAGACUUUGGAAUAUACUUGAUGCGUAACAAACAAAAUGUCGAUACUCUUUUGAAAUGGUAUGGCUGCGAAGUUGUCCGGCAAGUUGCUCAGAAUUCUUGUGAACGUUCAGCUCUUGUAGACAGAGUCAUUGUUGAGGCUUCACAAUAUUUGCAGCAGCUAAGAGAGCAACAUCAGCAGACUGUUGGUCCAGAGUACAGAGGAUGGCGAAGACAUUAUCGAACUCUUAUUGAGUGUGCCUGGUGCUUAGUGUUUGGUCACAGACAGUUUGAGAAAGGAAACCUAGAACGAGCACUGCCGUUACUGCUUCGAGCUUGUAAAGUUCAUGCAGAACUGGAAGAACGUCCUCCAGCAGGAAACAGGAAAACUUUGAAUAAAGAAAUUCUUUGGAAAUGCCGACGAUUUUGUAUAUUGACUCUUAGUGAACGCCUUGUUCAAGCUUUUGUGAAUAAAGAUGAUGAUCAAGUUGGGGAAAUCAGUGAAAGUGUAACAUCCCUCGUAGUUCCCGCUCUAAAUCGCCUCCAGGGAAAUGGAGGUGAGGAAGACAAUGAGACAGCAGCUGAUAUACGACAAAUCUUUUGUAGGCUAUUAGAAUGUGACCUAGGCACUGAAAAAAAGAAGUUGAGAGAACAGAUUUUAGAGGUGGUUCUGAGUGGUGGUGGUGGAGAAAGUAAAGGUGGGAUACCCUGUCAGAUUCCUAGACCUCCACCAGUAUUAGCUUUGUAUAAGCAGUACACAGAUGCUUGUAAAGCUAUAAUGUCUGCUCCGGUGAAGUCUAAGGCCCAGACCAGUGACUUGUGAGAAUGAAGUUAUUUAGCUUAAAUAAAUGUCUGUUCCAAGUGAUAGAGAAGUGUGAUUGUAUGGGAAAGUGUUAGAAUAAAAAGAUAUGUAUUCAUACUAAACUGUGAUAAAACUGGAACGUGUGCUGGAUAUAUAUAUAUGCUCUAGAAAUUCUCUCAGUAGCUUUUUAGCAUUUCAGAUCAUUUACUAUAGCAUGGAAAGCAUCACAAAUAAAUGCAGUGUGGUACAUUUUCUGGCCACUAGGAGAACAGAUUAUGUCUAUACAUAUAUAUACAUGUGUAUGUUGAAAUAUAUAUAUGUAUAUAUAUCUGUAUGGCAAAUGUAUCUUAAAAAGGGGUCAAGAAACUUGUGUCAGUUUUAAUGUUGACCUUAUUAUAAGAGUCCUACCUAACCUUUUAUAGGCCAAAGCAUGAAAUGUUUGGUAAGCUUUCUACCUGAUUACUGGAUGUGCAGUCUUCUAUUGGGAAAGUUAAGUUUGGGAAUUAUUUAUUAUUUUUAUAUGCUGUCAUAUAGCUACAGAUACAGUACUAUAGCUACGUCUUACUUGCAAACCAAUGAAAUAAUACCCCAUCACCUGCUGCUGCUGCUGUUGCUGCUGCUACUACUGCUGCUGUUCAAACUGUGCAAGGAACUUCAGAAACAAAAUUAGCAACUCAAGAAGAAGCAUCAAGUGGAUCCCAUAAAUUUGAGAUUCACUGUGGGGCUGCUAUCAUAU